UGCCAAGUCGCAAUUUGCCUCUGUUUUAUAAUAUUGCCGUACACUUCCUGUUUUUGCUACAGUGUGAUCUUACAUUGGUUCUGGUGGAUGUGUUUUUGUUUUGGGGCUAUUAUAGAUGAUAAAGAUGGACGACUACUGUACAGUAGUUGCUUUCUUUACCCACUCACCCACCCACUUCAUUUGUGAUAUUACAUGCCAUAGUGUUCUCUGAAUAUAGACCUGAGAAACUAGUGUGUGGUGGACCUCCUCCUAACUCCACAUGCGGCUUCUGUGAGUAUUCAGGAGCUCUGUAGAUUUGCCCCCACUUCCCAAGAUGUAUAUGUUGGUUGAAGACCACUCAGACUCUGUUCUUCAUUUGACAAGAUCACCUGGUAUCAGAUCUUGGUCUCUCCUUGUAGGGAUCUCCUCUGUAGGUCUGGCUGCUGCUUAUUAUAGUGAAGACAGCUUGGGAUGGAAACUCUUUUAUCUUGCUGGCUGUCUCUUUGUAGCUGUGCAAAAUCUGGAGGAGUGGGAGGAAGCUAUAUUUCAAAAGGAUUCAGGGAAAGUUUUCCUAAAGACAUUCAACCUUUACAAGAAGCUGCUGACACUGUCAAGGGCAGGUCACGAACAAGUGGUGGUUCCAUUGGAUGAAAUUCGGGCUGUGAAUGUGGAAGAGGAGAAAGUACGCUACUUUGGGAAGGGCUACCUAGUUGUCCUGAGAUUUGUCACUGGGUUUUCACACCCUUUGACGCAGAGUGCAGUGAUGGGCUGCAGGAGUGAUGUAGAAGCUGUGGCCAAGCUCAUUACUGGCUUUCUGGAGCUGAACAAAGUUCCAGCAGACAAGUAUAUUGAGAACAGCAGUGAAACAGAUGUCAGUGAUGAAGAGGAACCCUUCUCCGAAAUCUACGGUAGCAGCAGUUUAGAGGGACCAGGAGAACCUGAUUUUUAAAGCCUUCCUUUCAUCCCCAGUGAAAUGAAUCUUUUAUUAGAAUUUCCUUACAUGUGGUUUUAGAGAAACAAAAAAAAGAU